AUGACAGAGGCACAUGGUAGUGGCACCAACGCAAUAGAGGAACGUCCGCACAUCCACCGAGUAGCACUCAAAAUACCUCCUUUUUGGGCCGACGAGCCCGAACUAUGGUUUGCUCAGCUGGAAGGGCAGUUUAUGCUAGGAGGCAUAACGCAAGACAGUACGAAAUACGCUUACGUAUUGUCACACAUCGAAACAAAGCACGCCAAGGAAAUCAAGGAUCUAAUUACGAAGCCCCUUGCGGAGAACAAGUACGAAAAUUUAAAAAAAGCCCUAAUACAAAGACUAUCGAUUUCGCAAGAGCAACAGAUCCUACAGCUACUAGAACACGAAGAGAUAGGGGAUCGUAGGCCGUCACAAUUUCUACGACACCUACAAGCCCUUGCAAACUCCGCCAUCCCAGACCAGCUACUACGAACCCUGUGGAUGGGCAGACUGCCGUCACAACUGCAAGCCAUUUUAGCUACCCGAACGGCAGAUGAUCUUGAGGCAGUAGCCGAGCAGGCCGACCGCAUUCACGAGGUCGCCAACAGAGCUACAGGAGUCGCUAGCCUACAAUCUGCAACUCCAACGCUCGAGCAACAAAUCAAAGAACUCACUAAACAAGUAGCAAGUCUAAGCGGGCGAUUGUCACGGUCAACGGAGAAAAGCCAGAAACGUGACCGUUCCCAGAGCCACAGCAAAAAGAAAAGAAACGGAAGAGGGUAA